UUGACCCCACUCCCCUCACCACCACGUCGACCCUACCGCGCGGCACAGACUCCGGCACCGCGACUCCCACGCCGCUAGCUGCCACUACAACCGCCCACCACACGAUGCCUGCCCUGCAGCCCCCCGCCCCGAUUGCCCCCUCAAUUGCUGCUGGCGCCGCCGCCGAGCAGCAAUUGCAGGUCCAGCUGCUGAGCGAGCACGCCAAGGCCCCGACAAAGGGCAGUGCCUUUGCCGCCGGCCACGAUCUGUACAGCGCCGUCGACAUGGUGAUUCCUGCCCGCGGCCGCGCCCUCGUCGCCACCGACAUCAAGGUUUCGGUGCCUGUAGGGACGUACGGCAGAGUAGCCCCCCGCUCGGGUCUCGCAUACAAACACGGCAUCGACACCCUCGCCGGCGUCAUUGACGCAGACUACCGCGGCCCUGUCGGCGUCAUCCUCGCAAACCUGUCCGACACGGACUUUCCCGUCAAGAUUGGCGACCGCAUUGCCCAGCUCGUGGUUGAGAAGAUUGUCAUGCCCGAUGUCGUGGUCGUCAAGGAGCUGGAAGAGAGUGUGAGAGGCGCUGGCGGCUUUGGAAGUACAGGCGGCUUUGGCAGUGUUGCUGCUGCUGCUGCUGCGGCGGCGGCGGUGGUGGUGCCAGAAACUGCCAAGGACGAGUCCAAGGAAGAACAAGGUACAAAGGCUUAGACAAGUGUGUCUGUAGCUUGUAUUGUAUUAGCAAGAGUGCUGGCGUGUCAUGGCCAUGACCAUGAUUAUUGCUUGGGUUAUACAUGGUGCCAUUGAGACGCCUAUGUGGAUUCGAGGAGAAACCCUCCAAAAACCACUCUGUGAGCACUCUCGCAAAGUCCAUGUCAAGGACUCAACCAGAUGCACCAAAAGCACAGCAACAAGGCACGAGAGAUGGACUAGAGUCUGAUAGAAGCUGCAAAUAUCCACCGACAUGAUCCACGCACACACAUAUGUAUACGUAUACAUUUCUAUUUCUAUUUCCAUUAAAACCAACUCUAAAUCUCUCUCUCUC